AGUUCGAGGUUUGGAUGUUGGAGCGACGGACUAUUUGGACUCGUUCUUCUUCACUGUGAAGAAGAACGAGUGGGAGACACACACGAGAGACGGAGAGAGGACAUCGCCAUGACGACUGAAUACCACGAUGACACUGAAGAUGACAGCAGCUCCUUCUGGAACAAAGAGCCUCCUCCUGUCUCUCUCUCAGGAGUGUCCAGGUUCAGACGCUGGUUGUUUCCUGCUCUGACGGCGACAGUCAUCCUCAUUCUGAUCAUCGCGCUGGGAGCCAGCAGCACGGGGACGUCCAGUCGGUUGUGGUCUGUGGAGAAAAGUGUCUCCAACCUGACGGAGUCUCUGAGCAGCUCGCAGCAGCUCACCAGAGACACAGCCAGAGACGUCCACCGCCUCAAGUUCUCUGUGGAGACCAACAGGGACCAGCUGGCCUCAGUGUCGGACGCGCUGAAGCAGCUGUCAGUUCUGGACUCCAUCAGCAGGACGGUCGCCAAGCUCAGAUGCUCUCUGGAGCGCCUGAUCAACAACGGGUCGUUAGCGGACGGCUGUUGUCCUCUGGACUGGGAUAUUUUUGAAACCAGCUGUUUUUAUUUCAGUCGGACACCCAAGACCUGGAACGACGCCAGGGACUGGUGCAACGGACACGAAUCUCACCUGGUCAUCCUGACAACUGAUGAGGAGUGGGACUUUGUGACCCAUCACACCGCGGGAACUUUCUAUUGGGUGGGUCUGACUGACGAGAGGACAGGGAAGUGGGAGUGGGUCAACCAGACGCCGUACGUCAUGAACCGGAGGCGGUGGAGACCCGGACAGCCCGACAGCUGGACGUCUCACGGUCUCGGCCCCGGAGACGAGGACUGCGCUCACCUUCACUACGACGGACGCCUUAACGACAUUCACUGCUCCACCAUGAUGCGCUUCGUCUGCCAGAGACACAGCCUGCGCAGCUAAGCGACAGCACCGCCUCCGCCCAGACUCCACCCAGACUCAGACCAGGCUCUGCCCAGGCUCCACCCAGGCCCCGCCCAGCGUGUCCUGACAAUCCAACACGUGGUGGACGUGAUGACGUCUGUCCAGUCCAGCGCUGGAGGCUGCAGUCUGAGAUUUGUUCUUGUGAUUUAAGGUUUUGUCAGCCUGCUGAUGUUGUGUAUUAAAACUCUUCAUGUUCCACCCA